UGUACCAGGAAGCACUGGGGAGGGGCGGGGAGAGGAGCACAGUUGACCGAAGGCAGGAUGGUGGUGCCUUUGCUGAAGCUUCAGGACCUAAUCCAGGAAAUUCGCGGGGCCAAGACUCAGGCCCAGGAGCGGGAGGUGAUCCAAAAGGAAUGCGCCCACAUCCGGGCCUCCUUCCGAGAUGGGGACCCUCUGCAGAGGCACCGCCAACUGGCCAAACUGCUCUAUGUUCAUAUGUUGGGCUACCCUGCCCACUUUGGACAGAUGGAGUGCCUGAAAUUGAUUGCCUCCCCCAGAUUCACAGACAAGAGGGUGGGCUACCUGGGGGCCAUGCUUCUAUUGGAUGAGAGGCACGAUGCCCACCUGCUCAUUACCAACAGCAUCAAGAAUGACCUGAGCCAGGGGAUUCAGCCAGUACAAGGCCUAGCCCUGUGCACUCUGAGCACCAUGGGCUCUGCUGAGAUGUGCCGGGACCUGGCCACCGAGGUGGAGAAGCUGCUCCUGCAGCCCAGCACUUAUGUGCGCAAGAAGGCUAUUCUGACGGCAGUGCACAUGAUCCGGAAGGUCCCUGAGCUCUCCGACAUCUUCCUCCCACCUUGUGCCAAACUGCUUCAUGAGCGCCACCAUGGCGUCCUGCUGUGCACCAUCACGCUGAUCAUGGAGCUCUGCGAACGAAGUCCUGCAGCUCUCAGGCAUUUUCGUAAGAUGGUACCCCAACUGGUGCAGAUCCUCCGAAUGCUGGUGACAACAGGAUGUUCCACAGAACACAGCGUAUCUGGAGUCAGCGACCCCUUCCUACAGGUCCAGAUUCUUCGUCUGCUUCGGAUCCUGGGCCGGAACCAUGAGGAAAGCAGUGAGACCAUGAAUGACUUACUGGCACAGGUAGCCACGAACACAGACACCAGUCGAAAUGCGGGCAACGCGGUCCUGUUUGAGACAGUGCUUACCAUCAUGGACAUCCACUCUGCAGCUGGCCUGCGGGUUCUAGCUGUCAACAUUCUUGGCCGCUUCCUGCUCAACAGUGAUAAGAACAUUAGGUAUGUAGCCCUGAUGUCCUUACUUCGCCUGGUGCAGUCUGAUCACAGUGCUGUUCAGCGGCAUCGACCCACUGUGGUGGAAUGCCUGCGAGAAACUGAUGCCUCCCUCAGUCGGAGAGCCCUGGAACUGAGCCUUGCUCUGGUGAAUAGCUCCAAUGUGCGAGCCAUGAUACAGGAGUUGCAGGCUUUUCUGGAGUCCUGCCCCUUUGACUUACGGGCUGAUUGUGCCUCAGGCAUCCUGCUGGCUGCAGAGAGGUUUGCACCAACCAAGCGAUGGCACAUAGACACCAUCCUUCACGUGCUGACAAUGGCAGGAACCCACUUGCGGGAUGAUGCAGUGGCCAACCUGACACAGCUGAUUGGGGGAGCCCAGGAGCUACAUGCCUACUCUGUGCGCCGACUCUAUAGUGCCCUGGCAGGGGACAUCUCCCAGCAACCACUGGUGCAAGUGGCAGCCUGGUGCAUCGGAGAGUACGGGGACCUCCUACUGGAGGGGAACUGUGAAGUGGAACCCCUUCAGGUGGAAGGAGAGGAGGUGUUAGCACUCCUGGAAAAGGUGCUGCAGUCUCAAAUGUCCCUGCCAACCACCCGAGGAUAUGCACUCACAGCCCUCAUGAAGCUCAGCACCCGACUUCCGGGGGACAACUACCGUAUCCGCCAGGUGGUGUCCAUCUAUGGGAGUUGCAUGGAUGUGGAGCUGCAGCAGCGGGCUGUAGAGUAUAACACACUCUUCCGGAAGUAUGACCACAUGAGGGCUGCCAUCCUUGAAAAGAUGCCUCUUGUGGAGCAAGGUGGCCCUCAGGUUGAUGAGGAGGCAAAGGAAAGCAAAGAAGCAGCAGCAUCUGUCCCCACAGAGCCCCAGGCCUCAAAGCUCUUGGACCUGUUAGAUCUCCUGGAUGACACAUCUGAGGAUGCUCAGCAUCCUCCUGCUCUGAAUCCAUCCCCAGAAGGCACCUUAGUACAUCUACUUGACCUUCCCUGUGCACCACCACCUCUAGCUCCCAUUCCAAAUCUCAGAGUGUUUGAGCGUGAGGGAGUACAGCUGAAUCUGUCUUUUACUCGACCACCUGGAUCCCCUGCUUUGCUUUUAGUCACUGUCACCACCACCAACUCCUCAGGGGGUGAUGUCACCCACUUCAUCUGCCAGGCAGCUGUGCCCAAGAGUUUCCAGCUGCAGCUGCAGGCCCCCAGUGGGGACACAGUUCCAGCUUGGGGUGGCGUCCCCAUCACCCAGCUCUUCAGAAUCUUCAAUCCUAACAAGGCCCCCUUGCGGCUCAAGCUGCGCCUGACCUACAACCACUUGGGCCAGUCGGUGCAGGAGAUUUUUGAGGUGAACAACUUGCCUGUGGAGACAUGGCAGUAACUCCACUCUGCCCGAAAUCCUCCUAUAUCCCAAAGCCCGAGAUCCUGGCAGUGGGAAACCUGCCCCUGAGAGUCACCAGCAGGUGGCACUCUGGCUCUGCAUUAAUCACUGCAAAACUGUGGGGCCUGCUCCCUUCCCCCACAUAAAAUGGAGACCCAAUAAAGCCUGAGGGGGUCAUAAAGCCAUAAUCUGGGUGUGUCUGAGGUA